GUGGAUAUGAUCGAAAACGGGGCCCAUCCAUUUGCGUUUGGUUUCCUUGCGAAGACCUCGCCAUGAGUCUGCAGGUCUUUCUUCUCACCCAGCUAACAAUCCGACCAGCUCGGAAUUGGGGAGUGAUUGAGUAGUCAUGCUCGGCGAUCGAUAGCCUGGUACAUGCCAGACGGGGGGAAGCUAUUGUUGUGUGUGUAUUCAAAGUUCUUGCAGAUUUGUACCCCUUGUCCUGACAGGAGGGGCUUAGAUGGCUGAUCCGGUGGCCGGCGUGGAGAAGAUCGUCAAGCUUGGGCUGGCGAUCAAGGAGGCGGUCGACACGGUUCGCCACAACGAGGAGGAGUGCCGCGAGAUCAGGAAGCGGGUGCUCAGAUUCAGCGCCAUCCUGUCGCAGCUGCAGCAAACAGGUUUGAUGAAUGAUAGCCCGGCGCUGAGCGGCGCGCUGGAGGAUCUGGAGGAGAGCCUCCAGCACGCCCUCGAGCUCGUCAUGGCCUGCCAGGAGAGGAGCACCGUCCGCCGCCUCAUCUCAGCAGGGGAGCUGUCCAAGCAGCUGCGCCGGGUGAAGGAUGACAUCCUGAACAAAGUGAUGCUGGCGUCCUUCGCUAUCAAUGCCCACACCACCAUUUUGUUGCUCACUAUCCAGGCUGGUGGCCAUCCUCUGCUCCGGCAGCAAGAGGUUACAGGAGUGACGGAGGCAUCACAUAACAGGUAUUCAACUAACUAUGCCAGAGUUUUUGAUGGACAUGGCACAUCUGAAUUGAAUGGUGGGAGGAACAACGUACUAGCAGGAAGCAGAGUGCCCUUAUUACCACCCUUCAGAGAGUACGAGUUAUCUGAGUUGAGGGCCGCUACAAACAACUUUGCUUACGACAAGAUCAUUGGACGCGGUGGUCAUUCUACUGUCUACAAGGGUGUCUUAAAUGAUGGAAAUGAGGUGUCCAUCAAGACAUUUUUGGAGUCACCUGACUUGAGCUGGGCGCGCUCUUAUGAUAUUCAUCUACUUGUUUCAAAGCUUCAGAACAAAAAUAUAGUGAAAAUUUUGGGACACGUCGCCCAUGAAGAAGUCCAAACUUUUUCAUCGGGGGUGUGGUUUUUUAAAUGGAAAGAACAUCGAGUCAUAAAAAAUGAAUAUUUUUGGGUGGAAGAAUACAUGCCGAAUGGAAGCUUGGACAAUAUUAUCCAUGAACCUCAAUUUCAUUGGUCCUCUCUUUUCCGGAUAAUUGAAGGUAUAGCCCAGGGCAUGCAUUGCCUACAUGAACAAGGCAUUAUCCACAUGGACAUGAAACCAAGCAAUGUCCUCUUGGAUUCUGAUAUGAAUCCUAAGAUUAUUGAUUUUGGAAUAUCUGAAGUGUUGAAUGACAAUCAGAUCACCCGUGAAAAUGUGUCGGAUAUUAUUUUACGCAAUGGGAGUGAUGACACCUAUACGAAUUUUAGAGGGACCAUGGGAUAUGUAGCUCCAGAAUAUCUUGCAGAAGGUAUUGUGUCAAAGAAGAACGAUGUUUACGCUUUUGGCAUCACCCUCAUUCAGAUUGUUGGUAGAAUCCGAUGGUUUAAACCACCUGAGCUAUACCCUUUCGAUGAAUGGGCUUGGAGGGCUUGGGAAAGUGGAGGGAUUGAGGAGUUAUUUGAUCCGGCGCUGUUUGAUGAGUCUCAGCUAAUGGAGAUCAAGAGGUGCGUGGAGGUAGGGCUGCUGUGCGCUCAGGAAGAUCCAGCAAACCGCCCCAACAUGGAAGAUGUUGUUCAGAUGCUAUGUGGUCUGAAAGAGUUACCGACACCAAAGAAACCACAGUACAUGCUGGAGACAAAAUGGUUUGAUUGGAUCCUUGAUUCACCGUCUGCCUUGUCAGAUGUAUCGUUGAGCCCCAGAUGAGCAUUAAUUUAAAACCUAGCUUGUAUAGCAUCUGGUAGACAUAUAAAAAUUAAUGAGGCUGAAUUGCCCUGAUCCUUUCUACCAAGGCGAACCUCUGUCGCCAACGUUGUUCAUCCUAGUGAUGGAUGUACUCAACAGGUUGUUUGGGAAGGCGAGUGAGCAAGGUCCGCUACAACCACGCGGCCAUCAAGUCCUCUGGGCUGUGGACAAACCUGUCCAAGUGCCAAUCUUCGGUGCUGAUGCAACUCUGCGUGAAAUCCAAGCAGUUUUACCAUGCUAGAUUUUUAAGUCAAUUCCCAAUCACAUACCUGGGCGUCCCGUUGUAAACUACAUAUAUACUGCCCAUAUUAAGGCCAUUGGUUAUCAACUACAUAUAUACACAUAUACUGCUGUCAA